CCCACGGCUCGCGGGGUUUUGUAAAGGGUCACGUUGCGCUGCAGCAGGGAAACAGGAGACCGCUCCGCAUCCUCCGCACUCAGCUCACCUGCACUGUCCGUAUUCUCCUAGACUCCCAUCAUCAGAGGGCUACAUGGGAAACAGUGCUCCUGUUAGCUCUGCUACAGCAGCAUCAAGCCCCCCGAGUACAGGGAUGUGCAUCAAUGUCCAGGCCACCACCCCGUCUGCAACCAUGACUCACCAGUAUCCAGCACUCACUCCUGAGCAGAAGAAGGAGCUGCAGGAAAUUGCUCAGAGGAUAGUGGCACCAGGGAAAGGCAUCCUCGCAGCCGAUGAGUCCACUGGCAGCAUGGCAAAGCGCUUGAACCCCAUUGGCGUUGAGAACACAGAGGAGAACAGGCGUCGCUACCGCCAGCUGCUCUUCACCGCUGACCAGCGCAUUGACAGCUGCAUCGGAGGAGUCAUCUUUUUCCACGAAACCCUCUACCAGAGCACAGAUGACGGCACUCCCUUCGCAAAACUGAUCAAAGACCGUGGCAUUGUUGUUGGUAUCAAGGUGGACAAAGGUGUUGUGCCUCUCGCUGGAACAAAUGGAGAGACCACCACUCAGGGUCUUGAUGGGCUGUCUGAGCGCUGUGCACAGUAUAAGAAGGACGGUGCAGACUUUGCUAAGUGGCGUUGCGUGCUGAAGAUCAGCGACACCACGCCAUCUGAGCUGGCCAUCUUUGAGAACGCAAAUGUACUGGCCCGAUAUGCAAGCAUCUGCCAGCAGAAUGGUAUUGUUCCCAUUGUGGAACCUGAGAUUCUUCCUGAUGGAGACCAUGACCUCAAGCGUUGCCAGUACGUCACAGAGAAGGUCCUAGCUGCAGUGUAUAAGUCCUUGUCAGACCACCAUGUGUACCUGGAAGGGACACUGCUGAAGCCUAAUAUGGUCACAGCUGGACACUCCUGCCCCAACAAGUACACCAGCGAGGAAAUCGCCAUGGCGACCGUCACUGCUCUGCGUCGUACCGUGCCUCCUGCUGUCACAGGAGUGACCUUCUUGUCAGGAGGACAGUCGGAGGAGGAGGCCAGUGUGAACCUUAACUCCAUUAACACUUGCCCGCUCGCCAAACCCUGGGCCUUGACCUUCUCCUAUGGCCGUGCCCUCCAGGCCUCUGCACUGGGCGCAUGGAGAGGAGAGCUGAACAACGAGAAGGCAGCCACCGAGGAGUUCAUCAAGCGUGCCCAGGCAAAUGGCCAGGCUGCUCUGGGAAAAUACGAGUCUAGUGGAACUGGUGGUGCUGCAGCAAAGUCCCUCUACGUAGCAAAUCACGCCUAUUAAACAUCAAAUUACCACAUUCAGCUGUGGCCUAAAAAAUAGUCUUAUACUGUAUCUGCUCUGCUGUUCUCCCCCACUCCAUCAAAUACAGGCCUGCGCUGUCUACUGUACUUUAGAACUGUCAGUUAUACAAAAAAUUAUAUUAUUAGAUAUGUGUAUUUAAAAACAAUGUGAAAUUAUAAUACUAAAGGGAACAGGCUUAUUCUUUGUUUCAAUCAAAUCAGUACAAUGCAAGACAAUUUACGACAGAUGUGGACACAGUUUUACGUCUGGCAGACUGUUUUUAGCAGUUUGGUUUUGAGAUGGGAAUGUAGAGGCAAGGAAAUUUUAAAUGUAGGUCAUGAUUAUCAGUAAUUAGUUUAUGCCUCUUCUUUGUCUCCACUCCCAGUGCUGCCUCUGGUUCUCUCACACAAAGUCUCAACUCCAAAGCAGGCCAGAUUAGCAUGUGUGUGUUGAUGUUUUGCUUCUGUCAGAAUGCAGUGUUGGCUCAUUUUUAAAAUGUCUUACUAACACUUCCCAAACAGUGGGACCAAUGAUUAUCAGCUGCGUCACUACCAGUGAAAAAGGACAAGAUAAACAAUGCAAAGGUUCUGGGAUUUUCACAUUGUAUUACUUUUGAGUGACUGUCCAAAUGUGUGGAGUGCUCUUUGUGCUUUUAGACAGCUGUAGUUCCAGCAGGAGUCAGUAGAUACACUGUAACAAACUACUAUACACCAGGAUUCCUCCUAAUCUUUGUGUUCUCACGCUUCUCAACACCAAUAAUCAGACAAACAUCUUGUGUCUUUUCUCAGUAUAACAUUAGCUUUUAAAUGACACAGUUAAUGUAUUCAGUUGUGUGAAAAGGUGUCGAUAUUGUGUGAUGCUUGUGUGUCAUUCCCCUCCUGAUUUCCCCAAGCCGACCCCAUGGGAAGAGAAGAUGGUUUCUAUAGCUGUAUCCAGAAAUGUGGACCAACAUAUGGGUUGAGCGGCAGGGAAACAGUCACUGCUGUGUUGGAUUACCUUAAUGUUUGUGAUGUUAAUAUUGUUCUUGAAGCACUCGGUGUGUCAAAUAGUGGAGAAAAAUAAACUAAAACAUUUACUCUAAAACCA